GCUAGCCAUGUCUUCAUACCGAUCACCCCUCUCAGGUUAUGAGAGUGCGGAGCCUCUGCCCACGACGCUGAAUUCCGACGGGCUGUCACUGUACAACCCGCCGGCUUCUAAAUCGGCUGCGUACGACAAGUUCCCUGAACCUAUUGAUCCAUCGAACAAUGGGUUUGAUUUUCACAUAUAUUAUAUGCAGAAUGUCGAAUCCCAGCAGAAGUACGCGCGCGAGCUGCAUGAGCGUAUCAGACGAGAGUUCCCAGAGCUGCGUAUCUACAAGUUCUGGGAGAAGCCAGUCGGACCACACCCGACAGCCAUGUUUGAGGUAAACACGUUCGACCCACACCAGACUGGAACGCUCUUUUCGUGGCUAGCUGUCAACCGUGGACCGUGCUCCGUCCUGAUUCACCCGAAUACGGACAACUCUUACAGGGAUCACACCGAGUUGGCGACAUGGAUGGGAACCCCUUGGCCAUUGCUCACGGAGGUACUAAAGGGAUCGCGUUGAGCCGGCACGCUCACUUUGACGACGAUUCAUGUAUCUAUAUCACCGACCUCGUCUCUUUGUAUGCCCCGGACUCCGUGAGAUGUGUCGUUUCGAAAAUAUUUUCAGCCAUUCAACGCCGGCACACUGAAUGACUCGACGAGAUGUGAUAGGAGUUUUGUGUCCAUGUUUGACAUCGAACCUCAAACUACCGUCUUCAGAAGUACCUGCUACUGACGUUAACAGAGCUUUGAUCAAGGAAGGUGAUCACCUCCCUUGAUCAGCACAAGACCAUCCGGCACCCGAACACGCAAAAGAGGGUUAUCGAAUCCCGUGACAGAUCCACAGCCAGCGUGUGGUUAUGCCAAAUGUAAACUGGACAUGCUUCUUGCGCUCUACCGUCACCUUACAAGAUAAGGCGAUCCCUGGACCGCCUCUCGAAUUGACGUAGCUCGUGCUAAACUGUACUCCAUGCAGCAGACCAUGCCCAUUGCCCAUGUCGGUUCAAAUUACAUAUGCUGAGACUG